UGCGAUAUAUUACACAAUUUGCACCUCUCGUUGCCCUCUCUCUCUCAACCUAAAAAUCGCUGUCUUUGAUCAGUCUCUGCAGCCCUCACCUCCUCUUUCAGAAAGACCUGUCAUCACCAUGAGAGUGAGAGCCAGACCAUAACCCACCGCACCAUAAAUUGGUGCGGAAAGAUCCAUAAAGCAAGGAGCAUGCAUGAUAUUUUCUAAUGACAUGGCUUUCCCAUCGUCUCAUAGUUUCAUGUUCCAAACUCACGAAGAUCAAGACCACCUCCCUUCCUCCAACACCCUCCCCUCAUGCCCUCCUCAACAGUACUAUCAUGGUGGUGUGCCUUUCUUGAUGAACAGAUCGAUGUCGUUUUCGGGUAUUGACAACAAGUGCGGAGAAGUGCAUGCAGAUGAUGAGUUGUCUGAUGAUGGAACGCAGAUUGGGGAAAAGAAGAAAAGGCUUAAUUUAGAACAGGUAAAGGCACUUGAAAAGAGCUUCGAGUUGGGAAACAAGCUGGAGCCAGAGAGAAAAACGCAGCUGGCCAAGGCUUUGGGCCUGCAACCAAGACAGAUAGCGAUAUGGUUCCAAAACAGGAGGGCUAGGUGGAAGACCAAGCAAUUGGAGAAAGACUAUGAGGUCCUGAAGAAACAGUUCGAAGCACUCAAGGCUGAUAAUGAUGCUCUUCAGGCCCAGAACAAGAAACUUAAUGCAGAGUUAUCGGCUCUCAAAAGUAGUGACACAAAUGAAGUCGGGCUUAAAAACAUGAAGAAGGAAACUGAAUGUUCUUGGAGCAAUGGAAGUGAGAACAGUUGUGACAUUAACUUGGAUAUUUCAAGAACACCCGCCGUAAUGAACGGCCCAGUAUCUUCGAGAUUAAGCAGUAAGCACAUCUUCCCCUCAUGCAUCAGGCCUACAAGCAUGUCCCAACUCCUCCAAGGUUCAUCCAGAUCAUCGGACCUCCAAUGCCUGAAAACCGAUCAAAUGACUCAAGAUGCAGGCUUCAGCAACAUGUUCAAUGGCAUUGAAGACCAACAUAAUUUUUGGCCGUGGCCCGAGCAGCAUCAGCAGCACUUCCAUUGAAGAAAAGCUCAUGUCUCAAACAACAAACACUGUUCGUCUAAGAGUUGGGUGUUUGAAUCCAUGUUUUGGCAGUAGAAUGAUGUAUAGAUUCGAAUAUAUCUAGCUGCUCCAAUUUCAAGUGGCCUGGAAGUCAGUACGGGAAAGCAAUUAAACUCUGAAAAACCUUUCUUUCUCUUCAUUUUAUGGAUUGUGAUAUAUAUGCUAGGUUGACUCAUACACUUUUUUGUUCUUUUUUAUCUUAAAAUUAUUAAUCACUAGCUAAGGUACAUGUGCUACUGAGUGGGUUUCCAGCUCUGGCAUGUAGCAUGGGCCAUGUAAUAAAGAUGGAUUCUCUCCUUGCAA